AUGGCGCCUAAUCAACGUCAACGACAGCUCGUUUUGUCGAAGAAAGAAUUAAAAAAGAUCACUGGAAGGAGAUUCUCAAAGCCAGAAGAGUCUUCCGAUGUCGGACUUGUUUAUCCUAGCUAUGACACAGCUUUUAAAUUACUGUUAUCUGCAAGAUUUUGCUCUGCCGUAUGGUGUCACAUAACAGACUGUGAUGAAACAUAUAAUUACUGGGAACCAAGUCAUUACUUGCUUUAUGGGACAGGCCAGCAAACAUGGGAAUAUAGUCCUGAAUAUGCCUUACGUUCAUAUAUGUACUUAUUAAUUCACAUGGUACCAGCGAAAGUUUAUCACUACUUAUUGGAGCCAAAUCCUGUGCUAGUUUUCUACUUUACACGAUGCUUCCUAUCUGUAGGCUGUACAUUAUCUGAAGUAUACUUUUACAAGAAUGUUUGUCGUGAAUUUGGAAUCCACGUGGCAAGACUAACAUUGAUAUUCCUUAUUCUCAGUUCAGGGAUGUAUAUCUCCAGUGCUGCGUUUCUACCAUCGUCUUUUUCAAUGUAUCUAAGUACUGUUGCCACAGCAGCUUGGUAUGCUCGCCAAUAUGAAUUGGCUGUCUUUGCCACCGCCAUCUCUUCAUUACUUGGAUGGCCAUUCGCUGCUUUACUGGGACUUCCCAUUGCCUUUGAAAUGUUAAUACGUAAACGAAACUGGGUCACGUUCAUAAAAUGGGUUAUAAUAUCCGCUGUUGUUAUUGGAAUACCAAUGGUAUGGAUAGAUUCUUUGUAUUUUGGCAAACUUGUCAUCGCGCCAUUGAACAUCAUAUUCUACAAUGUCUUUACUAGCCACGGACCUAAUCUUUAUGGCACUGAGCCGUUAAGUUAUUACCUCAUCAAUGGGUUUUUGAAUUUCAAUUUCGUCUUUAUCGGCGCAUUACUGGCACCCUUGGGUUUAUUUUUAGUACGGUUAAUCGUGCCAGCACGUCCAAGAGACCGUUCAUGUCUUUCUUAUUGGUAUUCAUUGGCUCCUUUAUACCUGUGGAUUCUUGUAUUCUUUCUUCAGCCGCACAAAGAGGAACGGUUCUUGUUUCCAGUAUAUCCUAUGAUUUGUUUGGCAGGCGCUAUAGCGGUGGAUAUUGUACAGAAGUUAUACUUCUAUUUUAGAACAAAACUCAAUCCAUCGCAUAUCAGUUGUCACUAUUUGCAAUAUACUGUGCACAUCACUGUUCUGACGAUAUUAACAUGUGGUCUCUUGGGACUAUCAAGAUCAUUGGCGAUAUAUAAAGGAUAUUAUGCUCCCAUGGAAAUUAUGACUGAAGCUAACAAAUUGGGAAUGGAAGGCCAAGUACCUAGUGAUGUUAAUAUAAAUUUUUGUGUUGGAAAAGAGUGGCAUCGUUUUCCUAGCAGUUUUUUCUUUCCGUCCAACAAUUGGAAAUUACAAUAUUUGAGAUCCGAAUUUAAAGGACAGCUACCUCAACCCUUUUUAAAUCAUGAAAAUGCAACGAGUGUAAUUCAAGCACAUUUCAACGAUAUGAAUAAAGAAGAACCGUCACGUUAUUUUAAUCUAGAAAAAUGCCAUUUUCUAUUAGAUCUGGAUGUAGGAACUGAAACAGCCCUAGAACCGAAUUAUUCUCGCCUAAAUCAUUUUACUAUUAUAAAAUCUUCUAAGUUUUUAGAUACAUCAAAAUCGCAUUCAUUCUUCAGAGCGUUUUAUAUUCCGUUUAUAUCUCAUAAAUUUUGUACAUAUGGUUCAUAUAAUUUAUUACAAAGUAAUAAGUUUAAAUCCAUGCUUUCAUCAAAACAAAGUAAUUCCAAGCUUUCUUAAGAAAAAAAAACAGAGUUUUAGUACUUAACAAGAUAAUAUAAUUGAUUUGAGAAAAAUUAAAUCUAUUAUUUUAUAGAUUUUUCCAUACUACGUUGAAAGUAGUAACGUGUAAUGUAUAUAUGUAUAUAUAUGUAUGUACAGUACUGAUUGUUGCGGAAAGUUUUUAGAAAGAUUUCACAUUUCGUAUGCAACAUUGCUGAAAGGUUUUUAUUGCAAAGUGCCAUAUAAAAUUUUGCAAUAGAAACAUUUCUAAACUCUAUUAUAUGUAUUAAAAUUUCAAAUUUUUAAAUUAAGCUUCUUAAAAUUUGAUUUAUUACUUCCGCCGUCUGGAUGAGAAAAGAUUAGAUUAAAUGUAACAUUACAUUAAAUUAGCAAAUAUUUGUUGUAAUACUUUAACUUUACGUUCUUUUGUUAAUUUAGAAAAGUUUAAGUAAUUUGUUGAAAGAAAAGAUGAAUGUUAUCCAAAUAAAGAUUGAACUCCAAAUUUUUAUUUUGUGUAGUAAGCAAUUGCAAAAUAUUGUCUUACAAUUGUUAGAGAGAAGAAAGGGAUAUUAUGGCAGGUACACACAAA